ACUACUUCCCCAACUCCCUAUGAAGGGUUCAUAAAGAUUUUACAAAAAAAUCGUCCGGAAACCAUAUCAUCAAACUUCUUUUAAGUCCCACAAGGACCACCCAAAAAUAAUGACCUCUUUCUCAAAAAAAAAUAAAAAUGAAAUGGAUAAUGUGGUUUUAAUCAGAGGUUCAAAAGUUCUUCCAUUGCAUCCCUCUCAGUUACUAAUCUUUAGCUCUCCACACUUAUCUUCCUAACCUUAACUUGUGCAAAUUUCAAAGAAAAUGAUCCAUGUAAAAUCUAUUCAUUCCUCUUUAACACCUACACAACAAGCUUCUUUUAAUAGAACAAGUUGUUUUAGGAGGAAAAAAACCUUCAUUUCCUUAUGCAAGUACUCAAGAAAUUCAGAUUCAGAUGGUAAAGGAGAUACGCGUAAACAAGAAUUGCUUGCCACAAUUGUUCAGCUUCAAACACAGAAAGUUCGUCUAACCGAAUACUUAGAUGAAAGAUCUGCAUAUCUAACACAGUUUGCUGAAGAAGCCAAUACUGAAAUGGAACAGAUUGGUGAAAAUGCCCUCAAAGAGCUAGAUGAAGCUGGUGCAAGGAUAAUGGGGAAUAUAGAGAACCAAAUGCAAGCUUUUGAAGAAUCAGUGGGGUUGAACAAACAAGAGAUAGAAGAGAAUGAAAAGAAGUUAACAGAAUUUGAAGGCAAAAUGGAGGAGGAAAGAAAUGAAUGGCUUUUCUUUAAGAGCUUAAGGCAAAGACGAACCGUGGCCGUGGACAAAGCAAAAGCCAAGGAGGAGAUGGAGAAGAUUAAGCAACUUAGUAGAGAAAAUGCUGGAUCGACGACUAGAAGGACUGUUUACCUUGCAUUUAUAGGCCUUGUAGUAGUUGGAAUUGCAGAUGUUUUCAUCUCUUCGUCCUCUGACUGGAGAAAAGGUGCAGUUCUUGGGAUUAUUUUGGUGUGUUUGCUUUCUCAAGUCAUCUAUGAGCAGAGUGUAUUAUCAGAAACAGAAUUGGAGGGAAAACAGAAAUCCAAAGAAAACAAAAAGUAAAACAACUAGUAUUGUAGCAUGAGUUAUAACCUCAAAUAUAAUUUUAUUACUCAAGGCUGAUAUAUCGAUGAUUAGGUCGUCUAGAUCACGGAUACUUUCUGGUUUUCCGAAUUAUUGCAGUUGUUAAAGGAAAUUCAAAGACGAACAGUACAUUUACUACUA